AUGCUUCUGAUGUCCUCAAAGCUCUGGAGGGAUCUCUUGGAACUGGCCGACAAGCUGGGGAGUGGAGCUGUUGCGGUCCAGUGGCAACAUGAACUCAAGGCUCAUCUGAAGAAGAAGUUCCACUGUGUGUUUGAGGGAAUCGCUAGAGCAGGAGAGCAGAGACCUCUGAAUGAGAUCUACACAGAGCUCUUCAUCACAGAGAGAGGCAGUGGAGAGGUCAACAUGGAACAUGAGGUCAGACUGAUUGAAAAGGCAUCCAGGAAGCAAGCCAACAAGGAAACACCAAUCAGUUGUGAAGACAUCUUUAAACCUUUAGCUGGACAAGAUAAACCAAUCAGAACAAUAAUGACAACCGGAGUGGCCGGCAUUGGUAAAACUCUCUUAACACACAAGUUCACUCUGGACUGGGCCGAAGGCAAAGCCAACCACGACAUAGACUUCACAUUUAUCCUCACUUUCAGAGAGCUGAAUUUAAUGAAAGGGAAAGAGUUUAGCUUAGUGGAACUUCUUCAUCAGUUUUCUGUUGAAACCAAAGGAUCAGGAAACUACAGAUACGACCAUGACCAAGUAGUCUUCAUCUUGGAUGGUCUGGAUGAGUGUCGACUUCCUCUGGACUUCCAGAACAACCCGAUCUGGACUGAUGUCACCGAACCGACCUCAGUGGACGUGCUGCUGACAAACAUCAUCAGGGGAGUCCUGCUUCCCUCUGCCCGCAUCUGGAUAACCACACGCCCUGCCGCAGCCAAUCAGAUCCCUGCUGAGUGUGUUGACAUGGUGACAGAGGUGAGAGGGUUCACCGACCCACAGAAGGUGGAGUACUUCAGGAAGAAAUUCAGAGAGGGGACAAUGGCCAGCACAAUCAUCUCUCACGUCAAGAAAUCUCGAAGCCUCCACAUCAUGUGUCACAUCCCAGUCUUCUGUUGGAUCACUGCUACAGUUCUAGUGGACUUCUUCAAAACAUCCCAGAGAAGAGAAGAGGUGCCCAAGACCGUGACUCAGAUGUACAGCCACUUCCUGAGGGUUCAGUCCAUACAGGGGGACAGGAAGUAUCAUGGGCGAGCUGAUACCGAUCCACAAUGGAGUUUGGAGAGCAGGGAGAUCAUUGUUUCUCUGGGGAAACUGGCUUUUAACCAGCUGGAGAAAGGCCAGCUGAUCUUCUAUGAGGCAGACUUGGCAGAGUGUGACAUCGAUAUCAGAGCAGCCUCAGUGUACUCAGGAGUGUUCACCCAGAUCUUUAAAGAGGAGUUUGGACUGCACCAGGACAGGAUGUUCUGCUUCAUCCAUCUGAGCAUCCAGGAGUUUCUGGCUGCCCUUUAUGUCUUUCUGUCCUACAUCAACACUGGUGUCAACCUGCUCUCAGAAAAACAUCCAACCUCCGGGAAAGCUGAACUCCUCCCCCUCUACCAGAGUGCUGUGGACAAGGCCUUACAGAGUGAGAACGGGCACCUGGACUUGUUCCUCCGCUUCCUCCUGGGCCUCUCUCUAGAGACCAAUCAGAUGCUCCUGAAAGGUCUGCUGGAACCAAGAGGAAGUAAAUUACAGGACAAUCUAACAAAAAACGUUCCAUCCGGGCAGACAGGAAGGAGGUCACAAAUCAAUACCCAAAUAGUCCAUUACAUCAAGGAGAAGAUAGGUGGAGAUCUCUCUCAAGAGAGAAGCAUCAAUCUGUUCCACUGUCUGAAUGAACUGAAUGACAGUUCUCUAGUGGAGGAGAUCCAACAGUACCUGUCAUCAGGAAGUCUCUCCACUGAAUCUCUCUCCUCUGCUCAGUGGUCAGCUCUGGUCUUCAUCGUACUGACAUCAGAAGAGCAGCUGGACGUGUUUUACCUGAGGAAAUACUCUGCUUCUGAGGAGGGUCUUCUGGGGCUGCUGCCAUUGGUCAAAGCCUCCAAAACAUCUCUGCUGAUUGGCUGUCAUCUGUCAAAGAGAUGCUGUGAAGCUCUGGCCUCAGUUCUCAGCUCCAACUCCUCUCGUCUGAGAGAACUGGACCUGAGUACGAAUGAUCUGCAGGAUUCAGGAGUGAAGCUGCUCUCUGCUGGACUGGGGAGUCCACACUGUACACUGGAAACUCUCAGGCUGAAUGUCUGUCAUCUGUCAGAGAGAUGCUGUAAAACUCUGGCCUCAGUUCUCAGCUCCAACUCCUCUAAUCUGAGAGAGCUGGACCUGAGUACCAAUGAUCUGCAGGAUUCAGGAGUGAAGCUGCUCUCUGCUGGACUGGGGCGUCCACACUGUACGCUGGAAACUCUCAGGCUGAACAGCUGUAAGCUGUCAAAGAGAUGCUGUAAAGCUCUGGCCUCAGUUCUCAGCUCCAACUCCUCUAGUCUGAGAGAGCUGGACCUGAGUUCCAAUCGUCUACAGGAUUCAGGAGUGAAGCUGCUCUCUGCUGGACUGGGGAGUCCCCACUGUGCACUGGAAACUCUCAGGUCAGUUUUACUAAGUGCAAACAGUUACACCACAAGGUUUGGUUUCAGAAGACUUUUAACUACUGCCCCCUGGUUUGAGAAUCACACCUAAAUGACGUCAAACUAU